AUGCCCUCGUGGAUUGCGCAGAUGCGCGCCGACGUGGAGGCCACGCGCCAGGAACUCCGAGGUGAAGACGCGCAGCCAAUCUCUCGAAGUCUCAGCGGGAAGCUUCGGCCCCUCUCGCCGGCUUCGCGAACGAAGCCGCGUGAGCGCUCGCAAGAGCUCUCCUCUCCUCGAGGCUCCCGAGAGGCAAAGGCGGCGCCAUGUCUUGUGCCACGGGAGAGAUCCGCAGAGAUGUCGGAGGCGCCAUUUCUUGCGCCGGAGAGAGAGGCAGAGUUCACGGAGGCGCAGGGUUUCGAUGUGCCGCUGAGCUUUGAGCUGUUGGGCGAGGAGGAGGCGUUGAUCGCCUGGAGCCAGACCGUGCGCCUGGACGACGUGCACCUCGAUGAGCUGCUGCUGCCGUGA